AUGUCAAUAGUGCCCUAUCAUUCCGAUAGAAACAACCGGAUCGUCUACCACGACCUGUCGCACCAGAUCGUGGUGGUCCACAACCACGAGGACAACUCGUUUAGUCUAUUCAACGAUCUUCAAAGCUUGAAUCACUAUAAUAAAACACACGGAACGGCUGCGUCCGUGGAACAGGAACCGCAGACGGAGGUUUUGUGUCCGAAUUGCGGAAUUGACCUUUUGGACUUUCUCGGGACGAAAAACCGGCCCGGGUUCCGCCGGCGCUCGUCCAACAGUACUAAAACAAGGAAAAACACACGUAGAGAGACAUCCGAACGGUCGGCGGUGGCCAAUCCCGAGCUGGCGAUCACCGAACUCCCUCGGCGCUUCUCGCCGCCGCCGUCGAUCGAAAUGUCGCCUGUAGAAUUCAUGCAUAGAGAUUACUUCAAGCUUCUUGCGGACGCUACCCUGAAUAGCGCCACGUUGGCGGCGCCGGGAGACGAUUCGAAUACGAGUCUUCCUAGCGAUCUCUUCAACCAAGGGUAUUUCGAGCGGUUUUUCCGGAAAAUCCCGCCGGGAAUCUUGGGAAGCGGCGCUAGUGCACAGGUGUAUAAAGUGGUGCACGUCUUGAAGGAUAUCCAGUUGGGUGUUUUCGCCGUGAAGAGGAUUAACGUGGGCGACCACUCGCAGUACUUGGACCAUGUUCUCAACGAGGUGCUCAUUCUUUACGAGCUUUCGGUCCGCGGCGCGAACGAACACAACUUGAUUCGCUACAACCACGUCUGGAUGGAAACAGGCGAUUUGUCUGAUCUGAACACGAUCUUUCUUGGUGAUGAAGGUGCGCCGCCGCAGUCCGAGAGGAAUAUCGUCCCGUAUGUGUACAUUCUUCAGCAGUACUGUGAUGGAGGCCACUUGGAACACAUGAUGAUCUCGAACUUCCAGAGGGAAAUGGCAAUGCUGCUGAAAGAAAAGCUUGAGGCUGAGCGUGCCAGACGCAGAAGUAUAAAGAACCACGAGCUUCUGAAGACUCCUUCCACAGGCGCCAAGAGCUGGCUACUGCCGGUCGAAACCUGGAAGUUUUUCCACGACAUCGUCAACGGCGUGCUGUACUUGCACUCGCAUGGAAUAUUGCACCGAGAUUUGAAGCCUUCCAACUGUCUUUUGGAGUCGGUUUACGACUCCAGUGUCAUUGCAGAGGAUUCAGUAUACGAGUCGGAAAGUGCACUUAGCCAGGCUCUUUUGCAACUUCCCCGGGUUCUAGUCUCAGACUUUGGAGAGGGGAAGUUUAUAGACAAGCAAAGAACCCAGAGCAGCGCCCCGUUUGAUGAGAGAAGGGGUAACACGGGAACGGUUGAGUUUACGGAUCCAAAGUUGUGGGUUUACGCACAGUAUGAACGCACAAAGAAAGGAAAACGGAAAUUUGCCCACAAAUUCACCUACGACUGCGAUAUAUAUUCACUCGGGAUGAUUCUAUGUUAUUUAUGUGUCGGAACCUUGCCUUUUUCUGAGGUUUUGUCCAAUACCAACGAUCCAGAGGCUGUGAGAAACGACAUUUCUACAUGGCACAAAAACCUCACGGUGAAAUCGUUCGGACAGUGGUUUGACAGCAAUGCAAAGUCUACAAACAAGUUUUCGUCGGCGGCAUUCGAAGACUUCAAGCUUCUUGCCUACAUGAUGAUUAAAGGCGAGCUGGACUUGCCAAAACCGUCCGCGGAGAACAUCGUCGAGUACUUGCAGUCGAUGAGGGAGAGCAACCACUUCAUCAAAAGUGAAAAACCCGUGAACGUCGACGAUUCGAGACCGAUGAGUGAUCUCAAACUGCACCCUGAAGAAGAUGGCAUUGAAGAAGAAGAUACUUUGGAUCUUCUCAACACACCACAGCCCAGCAUCCCGCACGAUCAUUCGCACAUCGUCAAGCGCGAUUUUUCAGCGGCCAUGUUCACAGCACUAAUCAUUGCAUGUUUGGCGGCAAUGGAGCUGAUUGUCUUUGUGACGUUCUACAAGACCUUGGUGGCAGUGAAGCUCGGGCUGGUGCUCGGAUUGGUUGCUGGAUUGCAGAACGAAAACUUCAGACUCUCUGUUCUGCUUGUGGUUGUACUCCUGACGGUUUCUUUCAUGCUCUUGUCUAUGAACCCAGACUUGGAAUUGUACAAAGUAUCUAUGUUCUAG